GCAACCAUGGCCAGACGAGGAGCAUCACUGGCCUACUGCGCGUGCGCACUCGCCUCCUUCGCAGCGUUCGCCACCACUGCAAGUGCCCUGCGGUGCGAGACGCCUUGCGUGAAGGUGGCGGAUUGCGGCUGGCUUGCCGCGCUGCUACGUGAGGAGCCACGGCCUCCCGGCGUCGAAGAGGCGAUGCGCCGCCGCGUCUGUGGUUGGCAGGGCCGCUUCGUGCUCGUCUGCUGCGGCUCGCCGCCGGACCAGCCACAACCACAACCACAAGCACCGCCGGAGCCGCAACCACUGCCUGAGCCGCAGCCGCAGGGGCCCGCCUGGCCACAGAACCCGCUGCAGCACCCCAACAUACGGCUCCUGCCCAUGGACACGUGCGGACAGGACGACUCAGACCGCAUCACCCGCGGCAACGUGACUGCCGUCAACCAGUACCCAUGGAUGGCUCUGCUUGGCUACUCGAACGGCGGACCAGUGUCGUUCCUAUGUGGUGGGUCGCUCAUCACCAGCCGCUACGUACUGACCGCAUCGCACUGCGUCAACGGCAGAAAGCUCGGCUCCUACAGGGUGGUGAGCGUGCGCCUGGGCGAGUGGGACCAGCGCACGGACGUGGACUGUGACGGCGAGAUCUGCGCACCGCCGCCCGAGGACUACAGCAUCGAGGAUGCGACGCCGCACCCACAGUACAGGCCGCAGGCCAGCGCCAACGUCGCCAAUGACAUCGCGCUCCUCAGACUCGAUCGUGACGCACCCGAUAACUCUUUCAUCAGACCAAUCUGCUUGCCGGUUACACCUGAGAUGAGACAAGCGACGUUCAUCGGGAAGAAUCUUGUUGUGGCUGGAUGGGGUACAACCGAAUACGGUGACUCCAGCCCAGUGAAGCUGUACGUGGGUGUGCCGGUGGUGGACGAGCAGACGUGCCAGCAGCGGUAUUCGCGCUGGAACCGGCGCAUCGUGCCGUCGCAGAUGUGCGCCGGCGGCAGGGAGGGCAAGGACUCGUGCUCCGGCGACAGCGGCGGCCCGCUCAUGGCCGUCGAGGGCCGGCCGCCCAGGGCUGUCCUCGUCGGCGUCGUCUCGUUCGGCCCCCGCGAGUGCGGUAUGGAGGGCUACCCUGGCGUCUACACCCGCGUCACCUCCUUCCUCACCUGGAUACUCGACACCAUUCGGCCUUAAUGUCAUGUACACAUCCUACACCGCACCGCACUGUAUCACUAUCACCUGUCCAUUAUUCGACUGCGUGCCUGCAGGUGAAAUACAUGAAAUCCCAGAUACUACUAUGAACAUUAAUACGACGACUAUCAGCGAUAUUACACCUUAUGUUAUGUUAACUCUGAGGCAGGAUCUGUUCUCAUGCCAUUCCGCACAAUCAUUUUUAAGAUACUGUAAUUUCGCUACUAACUUUUCCCACGUCAGUAUCUUUUUUGUUUAAAAGACACAAAAUUGACAACUAAUUAUCAUUAAUGGAGAAAAUGAAAUUCAUUCGUGUUGCGUGAUCUACAUGCAUGGAAUGGACUGAUGUACUGAUUAUGCCGACUAGUAGGUCCAGUAAUUUUUAAUAAAAUCGAUUCUGUGAAUAAUAGAAUGUGCUAAAGCAAUAUGAAUGCCAACUGAAAAUCGCCAGAACUAGAAAGGGUUAUUCUUGAAAAGCAUGUGAUUCAUUUCAAAUUAUGUGAAACUGUAGUACUGAUAACAACUGGUGUAUCAUCUGACACAAUAUACCAUUCUACUUAGUAACAAAAUAAGUUACCCUCCAUUCCCAUACCUUUCAUGGCCUACCUUCAACGAUUAAUCUUGAAACCUCCCCAUAGAAAAAUUUAUGAAUUACUUUGCUGGUAAACUCCCUACGUUAUUUGAUUUUCAAACUGCUGAGCAAAACUGAAUGUACUCAGACAUUUCUCUCUUUACUUAU